GGAUCUUCAAAGGUCAUCGACAGGUGCUUCCCUUCCCGAAGAUAAGAAGCCUCUGGUAGCAGCAAAGAUGCCUAACAGAAGUGUUGCCUUCAGUGGCAAGAAAAAGAAAAAGCAGCUGCAAGCAAAGCGGGAAAAGAAACAAUCAGAACUCGGUGAAGGUCGUGGGUUUCCAAGAUCACAGUUCAGUAAAGCCCCAGUCAUCUCAGAGGCUAUCUUGGCCAAGGUCCAAGAAGGCAUUGACAAUCCUACGUCAGGGAGUGCUAAUUAUCUCAAGGAUGUUCUAGCAAUUAACCAGCAACCGGGAGGAAGAGGGAAUGUGAACAGAUAUAAUCUGAAAUUCCGAAGGCAAACUCCAGAAGAAAUUGAAAAGCGCAAAGCACUUCACUAUGCUCCCAUAAAACUUUUGGGGGAAGAAGAGCUGGAGCUUGAGACAGAAGUCUUCUUCCCUCCUGGUCUUGACUAUCCUAUGCGACCAGAAUGGAAAAAGAACAUGUCAAAGCAAGAACUUGAUCGAAGUGAAAACAAACACUUCAGGCUCUUUUGUGAGAAACUGGAUAAAGAUUUUGCAGAUAAAGACCUCAGUCUGUAUGAACUAAAUCUGGAAACAUGGCGGCAGCUUUGGAGAGUGACUGAAAUGUCUGACAUUUUACUAAUUAUUGUUGAUGCCAGGUUCCCAGUGUCGCAGUUUCCCCCCUAUCUGUACUACCGCCUUGUUGAAGAGGCAAAUAAGAGCAUCAUCCUUGUCCUUAACAAGUGUGACCUUGUACCGCCUUCAGUCAUGGUGGCUUGGGAGCGUUACUUUCACAAUAAAUUUCCCAAACUCUUGGUAGUCCCCUUCUCAUCCAUGGAAGGUUAUGGACAUCGCCGAGGAAUGCUUAGAAUGGCUGCAGAAGGCUCCGUGAGGCUGGUUGAUGCAUGCGAGAAGUUGAUAGAUGGCUCAGUUGAUUUGACCUCCUGGAAAGAGAAAAUAGAAGAGGAACGAAAUAUCGAGAAUGAGAUAAAUCAGGAAUGUGAAGCAGAGGAAGUCUCAGACAUUGUGGUCAACACCAGACCAGAACACCACGAGCGCUACAAGGAUGGGGUCCUCACCAUUGGCACCAUUGGUUAUCCAAAUGUCGGCAAGUCUUCACUCAUUAAUGCCCUGAUGGGAAAGAAGGUUGUUAGUGUCAGUAGAACCCCAGGCCACACAAAACACUUCCAGACAAUCUUCCUAACCAAAAAUGUGAAAUUAUGUGACUGCCCUGGCCUUGUGUUCCCCUCAACUGUAUCAAUGCAUUUACAGGUUCUUUUUGGGAGCUUCCCCAUAGCCCAGGUGCGUGACCCAAUUGGAGCAGUUAACUACGUAGCAACCAGGCUAGAUAUUCCAGGUAUUUUGAAGCUUCAGCAUUCAGAAGUACAGAAUGAGGCUGCUUCUGAUACCAGUUGGACAGCUUUCUAUAUAUGUGAAG